CACAGUUCAUCAUCGAUUCUUCUUCCGAAUACUGUACCUCUCGGCCUUUCUGACCAUUUCUAUUUUCGUCCUGUACUCAAGCUCAGUGAGCAUUCAUGGAUCUCGCGCUUCUCGUCGGAGUCCCCUCUCGACCACCGCCACCGAUAUGUUCUGAGCCCGGCUGCGGUCCCCAGUCUGACGAUUUCGGGUUAUGAGAACAAUCUUCGGCACCGAUCUCACCGCUCUGUUCGCUUCUGCUACUCGCUGAGUUGCGGUGGCUGGCGGAGGUGGAAAGAGUGAUGGGGGAGGAGACUUCAGUAAACGGCGCGUCGGUGAAGGCGUCGGAAUGCGAGGUUAAGCAGGACGAUGGAGAGAUCCAUGAGGCGGAGUCGUCGCUGCGAGAGGGGCUUUCGCUGAACUACGAGGAAGCAAGAGCCCUCCUUGGUAGGCUUGAAUAUCACAGAGGCAAUAUUGAAGCUGCUUUGAGGGUUUUUGAUGGUAUUGACCUCCAAGCUGCCAUCCAUCGCCUACAAUCUUCACUUUCUGAUAAACUUUCUCCAAGGAAAAGCCGUCAUCGUGGUGAAUUACAGCAUUCAGCAUCACAACAUGCCGCUAGGCUUGUUCUUGAAGCCAUAUAUUUGAAGGCAAGAUCUCUUCAGAAGCUUGGCAGGGCUUCUGAGGCUGCUAUAGAAUGCAAAAGUGUCCUUGAUGCUGCAGAGAAGAUGUUCCGUCAUGGCAUACCGGAUGUGUUGGUUGAGAAUAAAUUACAAGAAACAGUUCGUAAGGCUGUGGAGUUACUUCCAGAACUCUGGAAGCAAGCUGGACAGUAUCAGGAAGCUUUGGCUUCAUAUAGACGUGCUCUUCUUGGUCACUGGAAUCUUGAAGAUGAAUGCCGUGUGGGUAUACAGAAAAGAUUUGCAGUCCUCCUGCUAUAUGGUGGUGUAGAGGCUGGUCCCCCAUGUUUGGCUGCUCAAACGGAUGGUUCAUUUGUUCCAAAAAACAACUUGGAGGAGGCCAUCUUGCUCUUAAUGAUUUUGUUGAAGAAAUGGUAUCUUGGUCAGAUUCAGUGGGAUCCAUCAUUGAUGGAUCAUUUUACAUUUGCCUUAUCCCAAUGCAGUCAGACUAAUAUUUUGUCAAGACACAUUGAAGAGGUCUUACCUGGAAUGUAUCCCAGACGUGAUAGGUGGUAUACCUUAUCUCUUUGCCUCUGCGGAGCAGGACAUGAUGAAGAGGCUUUAAAUUUACUAAGGAAAGUUCUGCAUAAGCAUGAAAAUCCGGGUGAUUUGAGGGCAUUGCUAUUAGCAGCUAAGAUCUGUAGCAAGGAUUGUCUCCUAGCUUCUGAAGGAAUCUAUUAUUCCCAAAAUGUCAUCGCCAAUGGCCAAAGGGCAGAGAAGCAUCUUAGUAGUUUGGGCCUUCAAUUUUUGGGCAUUUGCAUGGGAAUGAAAGCUAAGUCUGCGCUGUCUGCCCAAGAAAGGUGUCGCCUGCAAGCUGAAGCAAUAAGUUCUCUGGAGGCCGCGGUGAUUCUAGAUCAGCAUAAUUCGGAGUUGAUAUUUGACUUGGGCCUUCAAUAUGCUGAAGAAUGCAAUACAAAUGCUGCAAUUCGAUGUGCAAAAACUUUUAUUGAUGCAACUGGUGGAGCAAUGCUGAAGGGUUGGAGGUUACUCUCUUUGCUCCUUUCUGCCCAGCAAAGAUACCUGGAGGCCGAAGUUGUUACGGAUGCUGCUUUGGAUGAGACAUCGAAGUGGGAACAAGGGCCGUUACUUAGAAUUAAAGCAAAAAUAAAGGUUGCUGAAUCUUUACCUAUGGAUGCAGUUGACACAUACUGUUUCCUGCUUGCUCUUGUUCAGGCCCAAAGGAAGUCUUUUAGUUCUUUCAAGAGCAGUACACAGAUUGAGUAUGUCAACGAAUUUGAAGUCUGGCAAGAUCUUGCAUGUCUCUAUUCAAGCCUUUCACUAUGGAAAGAUGUUGAGGCUUGCUUGGCGAAAGCUAUGGCAUUGAAACCCUAUUCAGCUUCUACGUUGCAUUCAAAAGGUUCCAUGCAAGAAGCUCGGUCAGAGACUCAAGCAGCACUGUCAUCUUACAGCAGUGCUCUCUUUCUGGAUCCUGAUCAUGUGGCUAGUAAGGUGUCUCUUGGUGCUCUUCUAUGGCGGAGCGGAUCGAAGCCAUUAGCCAUAGCCAGAAGCUUUCUAUCGGAUGCUCUCCGGCUUGAACCGGCAAAUCGGCAAGCCUGGUAUUAUUUGGGAAUGGUGCACAAAGAAGAUGGAAGGUACGCAGAUGCUGCUGAUUGCUUCUUGGCAGCUUCCAUGCUUGAGGAGUCUGAACCUGUAGAGUGUUUAUGAGUUGAUCUCAUUUUAAGAUUUGAUUGUUCUGAGUUUCAAAUGAUGUAUAGAUUUUAGGUGGAGAGCUUUUCUUUUUUUCUUUUUUUUUUCUUCUUUUUUUUAGUGUGAUAUUCACUUUCUCCUUGUAAUUUAUUUGCUGCUUCUUCUACACAGUUUUAUAUUUUUUUUA